AUGACUGAUUGCUAUGCUGAUGGCACUAAUGACGUGGCUUCCACUCCACAAUCUUCUUCCUCCUCAAAACCCGAUCGCACACCAGGCACUACGAUCAUCCCCGUGUCACGAGUGAAGCGUGUUGUUAAAGAAGACAAGGACAUUUCCAUCAUUAACGCUGAAGCCACUUUUUGCAUCACUUAUGCAACUGAGCUGUUCAUGGAGUAUCUAGUACAAGAAGGAUUUACACGAGCACGGAACGAGAAAAGGAAAACUAUCUUUUACAAAGACUUGGCAUCCGCUGUGAGCGAGGUUGAGCAGUUUGAAUUCCUUGAAGACGUUAUCCCACACACAAUGACACUUAAAACAGCACUCGAACGACGAAAAGAUACUGUCAGUGAUAUGCAGGUUGAUCAACAACAGCAGCAACAACAACAGCAAGCAAGGAAAAAGCAAAAGACAGAUCAUUCACAAGACGACGGGUCACAGAAUCAAAAUGGCACUGAAUCUACCACUACAGCUCAAGUUUCAUCAUCUUCAACACCACCAGCAGAGCAAUAA